AUGGCACAUUCCCUGCCAAUAUAUGAGGGCUCACGCAAAGUGGGCCCAAACCCUUUUCAGGAAAUCAGCUCUGACACUGAGGGAUACUCAUCCGUGGAUGAUGCGAAAAGCGAGAAAGAUGGCUUCAAACUCCCCAGGAGCGAGAGGAAAAAGGAGAAAUCCAAAAAGAAGAGAGAGGAGACUAAGAAGGGCGGCGAAGAACCCAAGAAAGACGGUAAAAAACCAGAAGUAGAGCCCAUGGUAGAAGACGAGGCCGUGCAGGCAAACAGAGGCACUACCAAACGUGCCAAAGAGAGUGACAGCGAAGAUAAAGAAGACAAGAAAGAGAAGAUAAAAAAGAAGAAUGGCAAUGAAGACACUUCAACCUUGAUAGAGAUGCUGAAAAAGAUGUUGGCAGAUCAAGAAGUAAAAAACGAGCAACUCACAAUCGAAAACGAGAGACUAAAAUACCAAAUGAUGGAAAUGUCAAAAAAGAUGGACGCCAUGAUGGAGCUCAUGAAGCAGUCAAAACAACCGACGCAGGAUAGACAAGCAGUCCUGCCAACUGCCCUCAAGGCUGUGUUAAGGAAUGAAACGUAUCAGUUGACACUUAAGACUCAACUUCAACACUAA